AUCAUACCUCUCAUUCAACUAAUAUCAAUCUUCCAACUCACCCAAACCUCACCACCCUAGCCUCGUCAACAAGGCUGACAAUCGGCCUCCAAAUCCCCGACCCUCAAACCACCAUCGAAAAAAACAUCAAUCAACAACGCACCUCAAAAUCAAUGGCCACCUCCUCUUCAUGCCCUCUCCUCCUCCCCCAGAACCGCAAACUCCGCCACCUCCAAGGCCUCUACAUCCGCAACCUGACCCUCUCCCGCCCCCGCGGCCACACCACCGACGACACAGCUCUGCUCCCCAUCCCGAAAUCCCUCGAGCACCAUGGCCUGCACCACGCGCACUCGUCCUCCGACCUCUUGUCGUCGUCGAGACCCGGCGGGCUGCGCAGACGCAGCACGAAUCUGACGCCGGGCGUGAGGCAGCGGAGGCUGGAGAAUGUGAUUGAGGAGCGGAUGGUGGAUGCGUUUUUUAGUCUGCACGUCGGGGAGCAGGUGGUGUAUGUUAGUGAGGUGGUAGAGAGGGUUACGAAUCCGUGUUGGAGGGACUUUGAGCUUGAGGGGGCGGGGGGAGGGAUUACGAGGGCCGAUACGGUGGUGCUGAAGGUUUGGGUUAAGAGGAAUGGGGUCGAGAGGUGGGGAUUGUUGUUGGAGGAGGAGGUGAGGUUGAGGGGGUUGAGAUGGGUGGGGAAAGGGUUAGAGGGGUUGAGUGAGGGGUUUGGGGCGAAUGCUGUGGUGUUAAGGUUGGUGGAUGGGAUGUAUGUUUUUGAUGUCGGUGGUAGGGGUGGGGAGAAGGAGGUGCAGAAGAAGAGGAGAGAGGGCGAGAAGGGGGUUAUGGAGACAAGUUCCUACAGUGCGUUGAUGCGGUUGAGUAACCUGGAUGAGUCGAUUCAAGAUGCGUUGGCUAUGAGAGAGGAAUUGGCUGGGCAGAUCAACCGGAUACUGAGGGGAAGGAAAGUCGAUGAGAGUCCGCAGGCAGAAGAGGUUGUCAAGCUGGCAACGAAAUAUGUUGCUUCUGAAAAGAAGAUGUUGAAGGCUUCGAUACGGAGAAGAGCGGAAUUGAAAGCUUCGAUUGCGGCAAGGAGUAAAGCUAUCCAGACGGGAAACGAGGUCCAAGCCAAAGUCAUGGAAGACAUCAACAAUGCCCAGGACAAGCUGUCUCAAUGUCGAACAUUACUAGCUACUACAACGUCCGAAAUCCACGGACAAAGAAGACGGAUCUGUGAAGAGCUCCUCGCUAUUUUCCCCAUCGAACCGACAUCUCACCCAUUACUAUUCACAAUCUGUGGUCUCCCUCUCCCAAACUCAACCUUCGAAGACGCAGACGAAGACCUCAUCGCCGCAGCCCUAGGCUACGUCGCCCGUCUAGUCGAUAUGCUGCAGUACUACCUCUCAGUCCCGCUCACCUACCCCAUCACUUGCUACGGCUCCCGCUCCAUCAUCCAAGACCUGAUCUCCAUCCUACAAGACAACCAACGUACCUUUCCUCUAUACAUGAAAGGCACGGUCCGCUUCCGUUUCGACUACGCUGUCUUUCUGCUGAAUAAAAAUAUCGAGUGUUUGGCGGAAAGCCAAGGAUUAAAGGUGUUGGAUAUUAGACAAACGCUGCCGAAUUUGAAAUACCUGCUGUAUGUGUGUAGUGCGGGGAGUAGUGAACUGCCGGCGAGGAAGGCGGGCGGGAUUAGAGGGUUGAUUUUGAUGAGGGAAGGGAGUAGGAGGGGGAGUGAGGAUAGUGGGGUGGGGAAUGGGGAAGCGAGGCGGGCGUUGGAGAGUGCUGGGAAGGAGGGGAAGGGUGGAGAUGAGGUUUUGACGGUGCCGUUUGGGGGGAAUGGAGGGGUGAGGAGUUUGAGGACUAGUGGGUUGAGGGAGAAUGUUAGGUAGUUGUGAGUUUGGUGUAUGAAUUGGACUCGUUGAGUUGAAAGUUGAAGACUGCUUCAAGUGUGUGUGCGUGUGUGUGUGUGUGUGUGUGUGUGUGUGUGUUUUGUUGAUUGAAGUGCAGUGUGAUUCGUGAAGAGUUGUUGGGAAGUGCCUGUUCGAUCACCUUUCUUAGAAGAAAUUAAGCGAGUACGUGGAAAUCAUGAUGCUGAGAUUCACAUGUUGGAAAUUGUUCUCUUUC